AUGACGGAGUCCCUGGAUAUGGCGGCGACAGCAUCGGUGGAUGUGGCAGACAGCUCAAUAGGCAGCCUGAUGAACCUGGAAGACAGCCUAGAUUUGUGGGACAACUGCCUUGACCGAAAAUCCGUGAAGAAGCGAUCCCUGCUCACGAAGCAACUCAGUGGCUUCUCACGGGCUGGGAGCUCCAGAUCGUUGCGCGUGGGCCGCUCCUUUGCCCGCUCCUCGACCUCGGGAUGGCUGGGACAGACGGACGAUGCGACGUCUGGGAUCAUGGCCGACUUCGUGAAGCGAGACAGGGCCAAAGCCACGGUCAAGGAUCCCAACGAGACUUCCGAGAAGUACUUGGAGAGGAUCCUCUUGAAGAGCAAGAUCUACCAAGGUGAAGGUUUGCGUCGGAUCCUGGGCGUGUUCCAGUAUGAGCAGCUGAAUGCGAUGAUGAUGGCCAACGUCGUUGCGGAGUGCAAGGAGCGGGGCCUCUUCCCAGGGACGCCCCCAGGGUCCUUCAAGGAGCAAUGCAAGACGAUCCACCAGCUGAAGCGUUUGGCGCGGCUCAUCCAUACAGCAGUGCAGAACUGGCACUUUACCUUCAAGCUGCUGAAUGCACCGGGCCGGGCCCCUGCUGAACCUCAAGAGGAAAAGCUCCAGCGGGUGCAGGAGUUUUGGAGCGAAGGCCUUUGGCGCCCGCAAGACCUGCGCCUGGCCGAGGGCACCGAAGAGCGCGGCGAGCGGCGGCCGCGGUAUGACCUGCACUUCGAUCUCAAACACCUCCAGGGCCGCUGGUCGACCAGGAAGCCUGCUGGGACAUUGCCCCAUCAGCAACAUGGGAAGCUGAAGAUGCUCACCCGGCAUGGACGACCUGAAGACCCAGCAGGGGAUGGACGCUUCCCACCCUUGGAGGGGAUCUCACCCAGUCGAAGCGUCACAGACUUGCUGAGACCAGUGAGACGAGGUCGGAAAAACUACUUUGACGAAUGCAAUGCGAAACAGGUGAUCCCAAACCCUCUCCUGUUCAUGACCGGCCACACUCACGAGCUCAAAGCAGACGGCCAGAUCUUCACGGACGCUGAGCUCUUAGCGGCCCUGACCCUCCUCCGGGAAGACUUCGCGGUCCACGAGCUGGACCUGGCAGAGAAUGGGCUAAUCACGGACAAGAGUGUGGUGCCUCUCCUGGAGAAGCUCAGUCACGAAUCGAUUUGUGCUAAAUUGAGGCGGCUAAGCUUGGAUGGUUGCAGGCAGGUUGGCCGAGAUGGAUCUUGGGCCUCCAUCAAGCUGGUGACCAGCGCCCCAACGCUGCGCGUUUUGAAUCUCAGCCACAUCCAGUUCAACUCCCAAAGCUUGGUACCCUUGUGCAAAGCCAUCGGUGAGCACAAGAACAUCCGAGACGUCAGCCUUUGUGGUACAGGACUCGGCAAGAACGGGCUGAGUGGGCUUUGUCUCUCCAAUCUCUUCCUCAAUGUUCGCUUGCAGAAGUUGGACCUCAGCUGGAACCGGUUCAACCACGAGCAGUUCACACAGAUGGGGGUCCUGAUUGAGGCCACAGAGAUCGAGGAGCUGGGCGUGGACUAUUGUGCCGCCUACGUCAUUGGUCGUGACAGCCCUGUGGCCGAGCUUCUGGAAGGCUUGGCGCGGGACAAGAGCCUGAAGAAGCUGAGCCUCGUCGCCAACCGGGUGGACUUCCGCGCAGCCUUGGUCAUCGAAGAUGCCCUGGACAUGCAUCCCACCCUCAAGGAGAGCCAGUGGACCUGCAACGCGCCCACACCUUUUGGUGAGGGCGGAGGGCUGAUGGAGCAUGGACCCAGAAGGCUCUUGGGAACCCAACUGCGCCCAGCGGAGCGGAAUCAGGACCUGAAUAUGACCGACAACCCACUGGGAGCCCUGGGCAUGCGCAGCCUCCUUCGGCUGCUCUCGCGGCAGCAGAAUGCAUUGAAGCACUUCCAAUCGGAUGGCUGUUAUCAAGGCAUCAGUGGGAUGGCGGAUGAAGAUGCUGAAGGUUGUUCCGUCUACUCCUUCACCAACCCGGGCAGCAAGUGCUUCGGCUGCCUCAGGUAUGUCUUGGAUCUCAGCCGCCCUUAUCACCGGAGCCUCUUGCGAAUCCUCUACAAGACUGCGGAGAGGUGUAAGAUGCCCCUGGACAAGGCCUUUGAAAUCUUGGAGGCGACGCCACCCUUCCAGCAUGCCAGCAAGGCCAAUGGCCUCUGGCAGGUUCCCAUCUCUGGACGCUUGGUCUGCAACUUCAGCGUCGAGGCCCAGAUCCAAGCCUCGCUCUCAGGCAUCGAAGAUGACGAUUUCCUCGGUUUCUUGGACACUCACUUUGAGCUCACUCGCUUCAAGGCGGAUCGCAAGAAGAUCCCUGCCCUGUUCGCGAAAUGGUUGGAAUUAGACGGACGUGAAGAGGACCAAAACGUCUACUUGGCUGCGCUGGCCAAGGAUUUCAACAUGUCCCUGCCGUACCUCUCCUAUUUGUGCCGCAGCUCCCCGUCCAGCAUUCGUCGCACCAUGAAGACCAUGUUCCCGACGGUGCCCAGCGACAGCCAGUGGCCUGGGCAAGCUGGAUCUGGCUUUCCCCACUGCAGGUCGCGGUACUUGGCCAUGCUUUGCUUACCGACCUUGGCGGACUUUUACACCUGCUAUCCGCGCAUGGAAGCCCUGCUCACCUUCAAUGCCCAGAAUCCCACGGGACACUACUCUUUGGACUUGAGCAACAGUUGUGAGUUCGCAGUGGCCCAACGACUCUUGCUACUGGACCGCUGGGAGGCGGUUUGCAACAAGCGCCGGCAGCGCGUGGACACCUCGGCCAUGGGGAACAAGUCCCAGCUGCGCAAUGAGAGCCAUCGGGGACGACCACUCCAUUUGCGAGUUCGAUCCGUGGCAGAAUGGAGUUUGCCCGAGUAUGGUAUCUUCGACUUGGACUACGUGAGCUGCUACCGACCUCCGGCCAAGGCCAGCCCCUUGAGCGAUGGCCUUUGGGAAUCCCUCAUGGUUGCCAUGUACAACUGCAAGGAGUACCGGCCCCAAGACAAGUUGAAGGCUUUGAGAAGCAUCUCACACUUGAUCUUCAUCACUUGCAUGCACAUGCGCCAGAUGGUGGGCUACUUUCAAGAGAGUGAGUUCAGAGAGGAGGCCUUUGUGACCUUCUUUCCCCGUGUGGUGGACAUGCGCCUUCGCCGCCAGGGCAUAGGACUGGGUGAGGCUGAAGAGAUGUCCUGGAAAGUGGCACGGGAGGAAGAGCUGCAGAGGCUACGGAAUCGUUUGGGCUUUGUGACAUCCUUCCCAUUCCUUCAGCCGGUCUUGAACCUGAAGUACAACGAUCAGCGCCUCUGCUGCGCACUGCUGGUGGACCUGGCCAUCAAAGAGAAGUUCGGUGCCAUCCGGGUAGCUGAUGUGUCCAUGUUCCAGGUUCAUGUGGUCUCAGGCAACAUCCGGGAGUAUAGCUACAUCACCGAGGAGGGUUUGGUCGAUCCGCUCACCAUGGGUGUGCCACGCAGCUGGGGCGACCCGGCCAAGACGCCGAGCUCGGGCACGUUCACCUGCAAAUAUGCCGCUCAGGUGUGUGCUCCGGAGGAUCGUCAAGUGGACUUCCGUAAGAAGUUGGCACAGACCUACGGCUUCAUCAACACCACCUUCAACGACGCAGACAUUGCCUGGUGGACAGGCAUCUCAGUGGAGCCCUUCGUGAAGUUGGAAGGUGUAGAGCUGAGAAGGACCUCCAGCCUCUACUCCACAACUGCGCAAUAUGUCAGCGAUCAACCAGCCUUUCUGAAUGCCGUGGUGGAGCUCCAGCUCAGCUCGGCCAGGCUCGAGGAUUUGCAGGGUUUGCUCUCUGACUUCAAAGUCAUCGAGGAGGAGCUGGGCCGCACCAAGGGGCUUCGGCGAGGGCCAAGGGUCAUCGAUUUGGACCUGGUGGCGGUUGGACAGCGAAGUCUCAACAUCACCACUGGGAAGUAUCCCUUGCAGUUGCCCCAUGCACUCAUGCACGAGCGUGACUUCGUUUUGGUGCCUUUCGCAGAGCUUUCCCCUGCCUGGACUCAUCCAACCUUAGUUGGAUCUCCGAGCGUGAGGGAUUUGCUGGAGCGGCUGCAGUCCGGAGCGGCUGCAGUCCGGCCGGAGGGCGCGAGCUUGGAUUCUUGGCCAGUGCAGAUGCUCCCAGGUGCUGCUGGCUUUGGUGCUCGGGUGUCCUCCCCCGGCGUCCUGUGGAGAAGGGGGGAGCAGACGCUAAUCAUGGGGAUUCUAAAUGUGACGCCAGACUCCUUCAGCGACGGAGGUGAUCACCUGGAGCUCCAAGAUGCAGUGCAGGCUGCCAAGGACAUGAUCCAAGCGGGGGCGCAGAUCCUGGACAUUGGUGGAGAGUCGACACGUCCAGGUGCUUCGGAAGUGCCCUUGGACGAAGAGUUGAAGCGAGUGGUGCCCGUGAUCCAGGGCAUCAGGGAGGCAGGUCUGGAGGCCACCAUCAGCAUCGACACCCGCAAGGCCUCGGUCGCCCGAAAGGCUUUGGAAGCAGGAGCCGAUUGGAUCAACGACGUCUCCGGAGGAGAAUUCGACCCACAGAUGCUCACGGUGGCCUCUGAGUUCCUGGCGCCUAUUGUCCUGAUGCACAUGAAAGGGACACCGGAGACCAUGAACUCCUUGGCGACUUACAGCGAGGCGGUGGUCACGGAGGUGGGCGACUACCUGUUGACCCGGCGGCGCGCGGCGGAAGCGGCCGGAGUGCCGAGCUGGAACAUCAUUUUGGAUCCGGGGAUUGGCUUUGCCAAGACCUUGGAGCACAACCUGAGUUUGUUGCGGCACUGUGGGGAACUGGUGGCCAAGACGCAGCCCUCACCUCUGCUGGUCGGCGCCUCCCGGAAGCGCUUCAUCGGGACCAUUCUGCAGGAGCCGGACUUCAAGAAGCGUAGCUUCGGCAAUGCGGCGGCGACGGCCAUUGCCAUCGCAGGCUUGAACGAAGUGGGCGAAGAUGUCUUGGAUCUUUUGGAGUUCUUCAUCAGCCGCUACAAUCAUGUGAACGAGGCGUUUCAUCACAUCGAUGGUGGGGUUCGAGAGGGUGAAGGCGGAAACACCACCAGCAACGGAGAGCUCACCUUGCGCGAGUUCGAGGCAGGCUUGCGGGACAUCGGCUGUCAUAAGUUCCGGGGGCCCAACGAGAAGGAGCGCAUCGGAGCCGUCUUCAGGUAUUUGGACCCUGGUGGUGAGGGCAACGUGUCCCUGCAGGAGUGGCAGAUCUUGGAUCAGCUGUGGAAAGAGUUUGUCCUCAGCAUUCAGGAGUUUGUCCAAUUCCUCAUCUACGCGUUUGGAGACGAGCUCGAGUUCGCUUGGGAGGAGUUGGAUGACGAUGGCUCUGGUGAGCUCUCAGAAGAUGAAUGGUUCGGUGCCGUGAAGCGCAUAGGAUACUUCGGCCCGGCGCGGGUGGUCUUCGCUCUCCUGGACGGCUCGGACGAUGGGAACAUCUCCUGGGACGAGUUCAGUGAACUGGAGAAGUGA